UCUUGCCCACGCUCAUUCAUUAUUCAUCAUAUUUAUCAUCUCGCGAGCCUCGCCCCAAUUGUUGUCCCAUUUGAGCCCAUUCGCGGUCAAACUAUUGCUUUAGUCGAUUUGAGACUAGUUUGUUCCUCUGGUGGUGAUUGGGUGUUGGGUAGGGUUUGUGCAUGAAUGUGAACCUUGGAGUCUGUGUUAUUGUUCUGGAAUUGGGUCAUAGUUUCUUAAGGUUGGAAGUUAGUAACGUAGCGUCAACUUGAUCAAUUGGGUAUGAUUGAUAGGUUUGUUGAAGUUUAUGUGUUUAUAUUUUCAUUUUGGGGUUGAAUUGUGUUGGAAAUGGUAGAGAUAAUCACAGGAGUAAGGUUUUUCUGUUGGGGUUUCAUUGAUUUGUUGACGCGUUUUGGGGGAUCAUUGAUACAAGGGUUGAGUGUGUUUUCUUUUUAGGGGGGGGGUCAAGGGGUUUGAAAUCGAGGCUUUGAAUUGGUUGCUGAUUGAUAUUGGAGAGUUCAAGGUUGGCCGAGUUUGUGUAGGCAAGGUUGGUAGCGGGUUGACGUGGUGGAUGCGUGAUGGAUCAUGUGGGAUCCUCGUCGAGCGCGAACCAAUAUGCGCAGGGCGAGCCUUUCUUUGACUUGUUGCAAACAAACCCAAAUUCCGGUUACUCUGGAUCGCAGAAAUCUCCGCCUGUGUAUUUUGGCGAUGAUGACGUCCUUCCGAGCAUGGACUUCCAGCCGAUGAUGGACACAGGCGUCAAGGGGAAGGUGGAUGAUAGCAAGCGUGGGUGGCCGUCUCAACAUUCAAACACUUCAAAUUCUUGGAAUCACGCCCCAUCUCAUGAAUUGAAUGUGCGCCCCGACAAGGAUGCUGUUGAGACUGCUACAGUGGCAGCCGUGGAACGCACAAUGAAGAAGUAUGCGGACAAUCUGUUGCGGGUUUUGGAGGGCAUGAGUGGGCGACUGACUCAGUUAGAAACCAACAGUCUUCGCAUGGAGCACUCAGUCGACAAAAUUAAGGUUGAUGCAGCUGACAACUUUGGUGCAACUGAUGGAAAGUUGAGAUCGUUGGAAAAUAUGAUUCGAGAGGUUCAGCGAAGUGUGCAGGUGAUUCGUGAUAAGCAGGAAAUUGCAGAAGAACAGAUGAAGCUUGAAAAACUUCAGCAAAGUGCUCAACGCGAGAAAUCUUCAUCUGUUACUUCAACUCCCACUGUCGAGACCGUCGAAUCACCCCUCGCUCUUCCACCUGCAACGUCGGCUGUGAAAUCUGUCGAGGCUCCUCCUGCGCAACCAGCCCCAGUUCUACAGCAGCAGUCUCAGCAAGUGGGCCAGCUUCCCGCGCCAGCCCCUCAGAUGCAGAUGCCUGGUAUGGCACCCCCUCAGCAGCAAUCACAGGUUCAAAUGCAAGGCCUACCGUCUCAUCCUCAGCAUCAGCAAUUGCAUCCGCAAGUCCAGGUUGCGACAUCCCUGCAUCAACAACCGCAAGGACAGAACCCUCCACUUCCUCAGCAGCAGAUGCAAAUGCAAGGCAUGCACCCGCCUCCUCAGCAUCAACAACUGCAGAUUCAAGGUACUCCUCAGGCCCCACAGGUGCCGCCGCAAAAUGCUCAGUCCCAGCCUCCUCCGCAACCCCAUCUUCAUCACCAACAAUUACAGCUGCAGGCGCCAACUGUAAAUCAGCCGGAUUCUCAGUACCAAACUCAGCAAGCGCCACCGGUUGCUUCUUCACAUUCCUCGCAAGUUCCAUCUUAUUAUGCCCAGCAACAGCAACUGCAGCCUGGACAAACAGGCCCAACUCCAGCCAUGGCGCAACAUUAUGGCAAUCUCAACCAAGACGUUAAUCCCUAUGGAACAGCACAGGGUAGCUACAAUCAAGAGGUCCCUCCUCCACAGGUGCCUGGAGGCUACGAGCUUCGUUUCUUGCCACUGCCUGCACCAGCUCCUGUAAUGGGGCAAAUGCCUCAGCAAGUGCCGACCAGCCAGCAUCAGCAACAUGGACAGAGCGGAGGUCAGAUGUUUGAGCCUCCCCGUCAUGCUGUUGGUCCACCUCCACAAGGACCUUAUCAUCCUCAAGCCCAUCCUUCUCAAGGCCGGGAUGGACUCCAAGUAUAUAACCAGUAUGUCCCCCCCCAAUACCGGAUGGCCCAGCCUGGUAGUCCCUCUCCUGGAGGUUAUCCGCAGCUACCCACAGCCCGGCCGGUUCAACCGUCGAUGGGGUCGCAAGGAGGACCAACUCCAGUGGCUGCCAACCGCGUCCCAGUUGACGAAGUGAUUGAUAAAGUUGCAAGCAUGGGGUUUGGAAGAGAUCAGGUUCGGGCCACUGUCAGGAAAUUAACUGAAAAUGGUACAUCUGUGGACUUAAACGUUGUCCUUGACAAGUUGAUGAAUGGUGACUCUAGUGGCAGAAAUGAGAGUCAGCAACCUGCGAAAGGCUGGUAUGGCCGGUGAUGAAGAUUGCUUUCGUGAUUCUUCUCUGGUCGUGCUUCAGGUACCUUAGGUCAUGCUGUAAUAUUCAAUAACAUCUUAAGGUUAUCAGCUUCUCUCAUUAGGAUAAGCUGAUCAAGUGAAUAGGGCCCCUCAUGGGAGGUGAAUUGUUCAUUGUGAGCUCAGGAAUAUUAGUAGCUGAAAUGCUAUCUCCAUGUACUUCAGCUUCUGGAUGUAAUCUGUUGCAUGUACAGCCGCUAUGUUUUCUUGUAAUUUCUGUAAGUUAGAGGCUGAAGUGCUUCGACACAUCGGCAGUGAUUGCCUCAGUCGUUUUUGGGUACAGCUUGGAGGAUGGCUUCACCCAUGAUGUGCUCUUAAAUGGUUGAUUCACCCAAUGAAUCUGCAGUCGUUUGUCAAUCAAACUUAAAA